CGGCCUGGGGCUCCGCACUCCAGCCUGUGGCGGGUCUUCCCCGCCUCUGCAGCCCAGUGGGAAGGAGGUGGGAGGAAAGAAGGAAGAAAGGGAGGAGGGAGGAGGCAGGCCAGAGGGAGGGACCGCCUCAGAGGCAGAAGCGCCGCGAAGAGCCAGCGGAGCUCCGCGGGCUGGGGCGCAGCCGGACGCCCUUCUCCGCACCCCGCCUCGCCCCUUCCCCUUCGCGCCCUCCGGCAGCGUCCAGCGUCGGUCCCCAGGCAGCAUGGUGAGGUCUGCUGUCGGGCCCUCGCCACCAUGUACGUGAGCUACCUCCUGGACAAGGACGUGAGCAUGUACCCCAGCUCCGUGCGCCACUCUGGCGGCCUCAACCUGGCCCCACAGAACUUCGUCAGUCCCCCGCAGUACCCGGACUACGGCGGCUACCAUGUGGCGGCUGCGGCCGCCGCGGCCGCGAACUUGGACAGCGCGCAGUCCCCGGGGCCGUCCUGGCCCGCCGCCUACGGGGCCCCGCUCCGAGAGGACUGGAACGGCUACGCGCCGGGGGGCGCCGCGGCCGCAGCCAACGCCGUCGCCCACGGCCUCAACGGGGGCUCCCCGGCCGCCGCCAUGGGCUACAGCAGCCCCGCCGACUACCACCCGCACCACCACCCGCACCACCACCCGCACCACCCGGCCGCCGCGCCUUCUUGCGCCUCGGGGUUGCUGCAGACACUCAACCCCGGCCCUCCGGGGCCCGCCGCUACCGCCGCCGCCGAGCAGCUGUCCCCCGGCGGUCAGCGGCGGAACCUGUGCGAGUGGAUGCGGAAGCCUGCGCAGCCGUCCCUCGGAAGCCAAGUGAAAACCAGGACGAAAGACAAAUACCGAGUGGUGUACACGGAUCACCAGCGGCUGGAGCUGGAGAAGGAGUUUCACUACAGUCGUUACAUCACCAUCCGGAGGAAAGCCGAGCUGGCUGCCACACUGGGGCUCUCCGAGAGGCAGGUUAAAAUUUGGUUUCAGAACCGCAGAGCCAAGGAAAGGAAAAUCAACAAGAAGAAGUUGCAGCAGCAGCAGCAGCAGCAGCAGCAGCAGCCACCGCCCCCGCAAGGUCCACCGCCUACCCCGCAGCAACCCCAGCCACAGCCAGGCCCUCUGAGAAGCGUCCCAGAGCCCCUGAGUCCUGUGUCUGCCCUGCAAGGCUCGGUGCCUGGCUCCGUCCCUGGGGUUCUGGGGCCAGCGGCAGGGGUGUUAAACCCCACUGUCACCCAGUGACCUCCAGUGGCCUGCAGCAGCAGAGCGAUUCCGGGCUGAGCCACGAGGAGCAUAGACUCUGCUAGAAUCCUCAGGAGAGACCCCCUUCCCUCCCAACCACAAAUGUACACCAACUUACCUAGCUCUCAGAGGAAAAAUGGGGGCCGGGAGUAAGGACAAGUGGGGUUGGAGGCCUCCAGGAAGACAUUCUCCCAGAUUUGGACUUCUGCUGGUCUGACUUUCUGCCAGCGAGAAGAUGGGAUAUGACUACCGAGGCUUCAUUUAGUACUGGCAGAAGCCUGGCCUGGACUGACUAAACAGACAGGCUGUCAGCCCUCACCUCCGCAGAUCUUGGCCUCCAAAACCUGCGGGACACACCUCUGAUUGAAGCCGAGGGGAGAGAGGAACUCAGGGUGAACGCCAGCGCUUGCAGCCAAGAUGGCUACUGCCUACUCCCAACCAUUCAAGGGCCAGCUGGUCCCUCCUGCCUCAAGGGCAGGCAAGCUUUAACUGCAAAAGUCAGAGGCAGCUAAGAUAGAAACCUGGACCUACCAAAGACUGCAGAACCCCCAGGUCUUUGUCUUUCUUCUCUUCCCUUCCCAGACCAGGAAAGGCUUGAGUGGUGUAUGUGCUGCUGUAUGGUGUGAGGGGCGUGGUUAUGGGGCUCCAGGCCUGACAAGAAGGCCCCGGACAGGGCCUUGUUUAGAAAGCCUGUCACCAGAGCUUCUCUGGGCUGAAUGUAUGUCAGUGCUAUAAAUGCCAGAGCCAACCUGGACUUCCUGUCAUUUUCACAAUCUUGGGGCUGAUGAAAAAGGGGAGUUUUUGUUAUUGUUGCUGCUGUUUGGGUUGUUGGUCUGUGUAACAUCCAAGCCAGCAUUUAAAAAGCUUUCUGAUUCCAUGGGGGAGAGAAGUAAUACGGUGAAGGGAAGUGGGGGGGUAUUUGAACACAGUUGAAUUUUUUCUAAAAAGAAAAAAAAGAGAGAGAGAGAGAUAUAAAUGAGCUUUCCAGAUUUCAGAGUCUGUAUUUAUCAUCCUCAGAUUUUAUCUGGAAUUAUUAUUAUUUUUUUUAAGAAAUGAAAUGUCUACUUGAGAGCUAGUAUUAGAAAAACGAGGGAGCGGGUGGAGAAGGUUAUCUGGAUAAACUCAUUUUACCCCAGAGCGUCAGAAGCCUGAGGGAGCAGGUUCUAAGACCUUCCCUGCCCCCAAGCCUGAGCCCAACCUUGGAUUGUGGAAUGUGUGGUUCUCCUGGGGUGGCUUUGGGCUAAAUGUACAUCUGAAUGCUCAGCUGCUUCCAAGCUGUGGAGAAUUAUGGGGGGCAGGUGAGAGAGUCCCCUCCUGACAUCUCAUCUAAUGCACGUUGAUGCGGUUGCAGACAUCCCCUUCCUCAGUGAUUCCCUUCACCCGAGGGAUGUCCCAUAAUCCAGCUUGUUAAACAGAAGCAUUUAGUAAAAAUGCUGUGUUUUCUGCUCUCUCAA